CCAUGGGGUUAUAUAAAUCCCAGGGCAGAGGGAAGGUGGAGAGGAGGGAGUCAAGAGAAGCAGAGGAUGGCAGGAGAGCCAGAGUUCCAUCAGUCAAAGAAUCAUGAGGAGGAGGUCACAUCUGGAGAGCAGGGAUUUGCUGAGCAUGACCCCGAGGGUCUCAUUUGCAGCUCCAAGAGUUUACAAGGGCAUCUGACCCAAGUCCCCUGGCUUCUGCUGCUUCUCAUCUCUUUGGGCCUCUUUUUGCUUAUGUUGGCCACCCUGGUUCAAGUCUCCAGGAUUCGUGCAUACUCACAGGGACAGACCCAGGAUCAGCAGGGUAGCUCCAGCUUGGACAAGGUUGCCGUUCCUCGGGAGCAGACACACUCCGGCUUGGAGCAGAUCCAGCAGAUUCAGCAGCAGCUGACUCAGUUCAACGCCUCGCUGGCUGGCCUGUGCCGGCCCUGUCCCUGGGACUGGGAGCUCUUCCAGGGAAGCUGCUACCUCUUCUCCAGAACCCUGGGCAGCUGGGAAACCUCUGCCUCCUCCUGCGAGGAUCUCGGGGCCCACCUGGUGAUUGUCAACAGUGUUUCAGAGCAGAGUGCCUCUAGACUUGAGUGCAGAGUGAAGUUGUGCGCGAGGCUGAGAAGAGUGGGAAGCAGAGAAUCGCAGACCUUUCUCUGUGCAGAGAUUCAUGAAAUAUUGGAAUGUGAGGAAAAACCAACGCUCCUGGAUCGGCCUCAGUGACCAUAUACAUGAAGGUUCCUGGCAGUGGGUGGACGGCAGCGCCCUCAAGUUCAGGUGAACACUGAGAUUCCAUGGCUCAGAAAGCAGCUGGCAGGGGAAUCAUUCUAAAUACAACCUUCACUGCUGAGAAGAACUCAGAGAGCAUUAUAACUACAACCCUACAUUACCUGGGUAUUUUCACAUCCUGCCCCCAGCUUAAGUCCAAAGUCCAGAGACCUUUGAAAGAGACCUUUUCCUUUGCUGUGCUGAUUCUCUUAGGGGUCAUGUUAGAACUCACUUAUAUUUUAAUAGCUCUGCCACGAACCCCUGCCCACUGCUUGGAGGGUUCUUGGUCUUUUACCAUAAAAGAGUGUAUAGCUUUUCUUUGCUAGCUACUGGUGGGUUCUGGGUGGAAUGGCUCUGUCUGACAGCCAGUGAUGUUUGCAGCUUUUGGAAAGAGGGGGAACCUAACAAUGACGGAGAUGAGGACUGCGUGGAGCUGUUCAUGGAUGAUUGGAAUGAUAAUAAGUGCACUGAACAGAACUUUUGGGUCUGUGAGCAGCCCUCUGCUCCCUGCCCUCAUCACUGAAGAUCUGUGCUCCCCUAGUCACACAGGCAACUUGGGGGCACUUUGCUCCCAUUCCAGCUGCCUUAUUCAUCCCAGUGCCCCUGUUCUGAGACCUUUGAGAUCCUGAGAGAGUUCCUGAGGCACCCUACCCUGCAGUGCUUCCCUCUUCCUCUGUAGGUGAUUUCAGUUCCACAAAUCCUGAGCUCAGGAGUCCCCUCAGUAGAAUCAUACAUAUAAGGAGUUGGGGUGUAGCUCGAUAUACUAGAGUUUGCCUAGCAUGGGUGACUCUCUGAUUCCAUUCUCAGCACCCAAAUAAAAAAUAAAAUAUUAAAUUCACACAUGGUC